AUGGGAGAUUUACCACCUGCACGCACCAAUCGUUCUCGACCAUUUCUACAUACAGGCGUCGACUAUACAGGUCACAUAUUAAUUAAAGCCAACAAGGGCCGUGGUAUCAAGACCACAAAGGGAUAUGUGGCAGUAUUUGUUUGUAUGUCUACGAAAGCAGUACAUCUAGAACUUGUAUCAGAUUUGACAACGUCUGCAUUUUUAGCUGCGUUGCGACGGAUGGCGGCAAGGAGAGGCGUACCCCGUCACAGUUACAGUGAUCAAGGAACAAAUUUUAUUGGGGCAAACAGAAUAUUACAGGAGGAGUAUAAUCAUUUAACAGAAAUAUUUAGCAAGGAGUUCAUGUCAGAAGUAACAAACAUGGGUAUAGAAUGGCAUUUUAACGCUCCUGCGUGGCCCUCGGCAGGAGGAUUAUGGGAGCGGUCAGUACAAACCCUAAAAUAUCAUCUUAAGAGAGUAGUAGGCGAACAGAAACUUACAUUUGAGGAAUAUAGCACGGUGCUCUCCCGGUUGGAGGCAUGUUUAAAUUCAAGACCUCUUUGUCCUAUGACAGAUGCCCAAUGA